AUGUCUUCGACUGAAAGCUCGCGUUCUCCUGCAAGCAAAGACGACAGUCUAGUUGAUAUGGAAGAAGCUAGGUCCUUCAAGACCGAGGAGGAAAAGAAGUCAGAGCCCAAGGUCGACUGGUCGCUGUUGGCGCAGUUCCUUAUUCUUGGAUUUGUGGCAUUGGCCCCUUGGAACUUCGUUCUGGCUGAUCUGCCUUAUCUGGACUCCAAGUUUCAUAAUCACUUCAGUUCAACUGUCCCUAUUAUAUACUCUAUUGCUGUCAACGUGGCUCAGCUUCUACUAAUUUGGGUAGGUAACAAAUUCAGCUUUGCGCCCCGUUUUGAUUGGGGUUGUGCGAUUCUGGCUAUCUUCAACAUCCUCCUUGCUGUUGUUGCUAUGACUAUUGGUGAUGGGAAUCCGUGUCCCGAUGAAGGUUUAGGUUUCGGCCUUGCUCUGGUCUGUGUCUUCUUGCUCGGUUUUGGCCAUGCAUUGAUGGAGUCUUCUUCCUUCGGUCUGGCAGCUCUUUGUCCACAAUCUUGCAUGAUCGCGGAUAUGACUGGCGAA